AUGGCCCCUUCCGUGGAUGAUCUCGAAUCCGUCAUGUGGGCGGAGCUGGAUGCCUGGUACCCCCGCUGUGUUGACGUGACGCACGGUGGCUUCACCGCGGGCUACGACGACAAGUGGAACGCCACGGACGAGCAGGACAAGGCCAUCGUCUUCCAGGCGCGCAUGACGUGGGUGGCGGCGGAAGUUGCGCGCAGGAGGCCGGAGGUGGCGGACAUGUUCGAGCCUUAUGCCCUGCACGGUCUGCGCCACCUGGAGGAGGCCAUGUGGGAUGCCAGGCACGGCGGCUUCUUCUGGAAGCUGGAGAACGACGGCGCCCACGCGCCGGACGGCGGCCACUACAAGCACGUCUACGGCAACGCCUUCGCCAUCUACGCCGCGGCCAACGUGCACAGGGCGGUGGGGGACCCCGAGUCGCUGGCCCUGGCCCAGCGGGCAUUCAGGUGGCUGGAGGACCACGCCGCGGACGCCGAGAACGGCGGGUACGUGGAGGCGCUGGAUCGCAGGGGCCGCCCGCUGCAGCCCCGACUGGACGAGAACGGCAUGUGGGCCCUCGAUCACAUUGGCACGGCGUUCGGGUUCAAGUCCAUGAACACGCACAUCCACAUGCUGGAGGCAUACACGGCGCUCUACCGCGUCUGGGACGACCCCGAGCUGCGCGACCGCCUGCAGGCCCUGCUGGACAUCAUCGCGGACAGGGUGUACGUGGAGCCCGGAGCGCUGGGCCUUUACUUCACGCCCGGCUGGGCUGCGCUCCCGGACCACGACUCCUUCGGCCACGACGUCGAGACCACUUACUUGAUGCUGGAGGCGGCGGAGGUCUUGGGCCACGAGGCUGUGGAGGCCGUGCGCGAGAGGGCCGCGAAGCUGACGGAGCACGCGCUGAUGUACGGAUACGACGCCGAGCUCGGUGGGCUGUACGACUCGGGCAGCGCGUUCCGCAACGCGACGGACAGGACCAAGGUGUGGUGGGCGCAGGCGGAGGCGCUCAACGCGUUCCACCUCAUGAGCACCAUCGCCGAAGGGGAGGAAGGGAGGUAUGAGGAGGCGUUCGCCAGGACGUGGGAGUUUGCCGAGGAGUUUCUGAUCGACGGGGAGCACGCGGGGUGGUGGUGGUCGGUCGACGAGGUGGGGGUGCCGAAUGGGGAGCCGGGCAAGGGCAACAACUGGAAGUCGGCGUACCACACCGUGCGGGCCAUGCUCGAGAUCGCGGAUCGGAUGCGCUCGGCCGGGCCGGGCCCGAUCGCCAAGACUGUCAACGAGGCGGGCGCCGGGUAA